UCUCUAUGGCAACCAGCAGGCCUUGGCCCAGUUGCCAGGUUCCCAGCGGCCGUCUAGCCGGCCGCGCCUGCACAAAGACCGCGCGGUGACCGCGCAGCGCAGCGCGGCGACCCGGCCAAGCCAGCCCCGCGGGAAUUGCCACCCCCGCCGCCGCUACCCGGGAAGCAGUUCCGGCGGCCUCCGUGACGUGCAGGCCGGGCGCGGCCUCGACCCUCGGGCCAUCUUGGCAGCGGAGGGAGCGGCAGAGCGACAGGUACAAGCGCUGCCCGGCCCGGGCCAGCCCAGGUGCCGCCGCCUUUGUUCACGCGCGGGUGGUCGCAUGGCACCCGUGGGCAGUGCCUGCAUCCGCAGCCCGAGCUCUGGCAGGUGCAUCCCGCAAAGUCUGGGAAGCGCAGGUCCGAGCAUCUUGUAAGGCCUGGGCAGGUCCAGCCUAUGCAUCCUACAAGGGCUGAGCAGCUCCAGCUCGAGCAUCCUUCAAGGCCUGGACAGGUCCAGCCAGCUCCCGACGUCUUGACCCUGCUAAGCUUGCAGAAAGGAACAGCGUCCAGGACGGGACCAGCGUUCCCAGGCUUGCUUCAGCACCCAAGGCCUUUCGCUCUGUUUCUCCAGGUACCUGUGGCUUGAUUUUGGCCAGCAUGGUCCAACCUCAGACCUCCAAAGCCGAAAGCCCAGCCUCUGCCCCUGGUGCCAGCGCUCAGAUGGAUGAUGUAGUUGACACCCUGACCUCCCUGCGCCUCACCAACUCUGCGCUGAGGCGCGAGGCCUCCACCCUGAGGGCGGAGAAGGCCAACCUCACCAACAUGCUGGAGAGUGUCAUGGCCGAGCUAACUCUGCUGCGCACGCGGGCGCGCAUCCCUGGCGCUUUGCAGAUCACUCCACCUAUCUCUGCCAUCACCUCCAAUGGGACCCGACCCAUGACCACGCCACCCACCUCACUGCCUGAACCCUUCUCGGGAGACCCUGGACAGUUGGCAGGGUUCCUGAUGCAGAUGGACAGGUUCAUGAUCUUUCAAGCCUCCCGAUUCCCCGGUGAAGCCGAGAGAGUGGCCUUCCUGGUCUCCCGUCUGACUGGGGAAGCGGAGAAGUGGGCCAUUCCCCACAUGCAACCAGACAGCCCUUUGCGAAACAAUUACCAGGGGUUUCUGGCUGAGCUACGCAGAACCUACAAGUCCCCGCUGAGGCACUCACGGCGAGCACAAAUCCGGAAGACAUCUGCGUCCAAUAGGGCCGUGCGGGAGCGGGAGCGGGAGAGGCAGAUGUUGUGUCGUCAACUGGCCACAGCUGGCACAGGAGCCUGCCCGGUGCAUCCAGCCUCCAACGGGGCCAGUCCUGCACCAGCCUUGCCCUCUCGACGCCAGAACCUUUAGGGACCUGUCACCACCCUGGUAGUCUGUGUCCACCCAGGUAGCUAGACUCCGAUGUUGAGAAGAGUGGUCAAUACAGUAGCAUUGGUCUGUUUGAGGCACCCUUCACGCCUCUCUGGUCUACAGGAGGCCAUCCUGCCAUCUGCAAUGGUCACCCACCCUGCUGUGCGUUUCUUUUUUGCUAGGUUUAUCUGUAACUCAGUGCAUGCUCUCCCUUCUGUUGCUUGCAAUCCCAGCUUGUCUAGCAGUCACAACCCAGCCCCUUGGGCACAUGCCUGUCCAGGAACCAUUUAGGCUGACCACCUCUGGGAGCAUGGCUAUUCAGCUCUGGAGCACUUCCUACCGGCGCCUUGGGAGUUCCCUUCCUGAGCAUUCCGGAUCGGAUGGAGAGAAGAAGCCAGCUUGGCCUGGCAGGUGGCUGGCUGUUGUAUACCCGAACCAGCCUUUCCAUAUCUGGUCACUUCACAAGGUGGCCAGGUGGCCGCUCUGCAUCCCAGGGAUACUGGUCUCUGUUGGGGGGAGCCUGCAUUCCAGCGUACUCCACUGCUGUUACUGGAAAGGUCUCUUCCUUCAUAGACAUCCCACCUCUCUCGUCUGCGGGAGACUCCUUCACACCUACCUGCCAGCGUUCUGAUGGCAUUAAGGAAAUGCAGCAUUCAUCUGCCAAGUUAAUGGUGGACCUGGGACCCUGCACAGUUCCAUCAGGCUGCCACAGGCAACAGAUCCCUAACAUUCAUGCCUCAGCUCUAGCCAACUGAGGGAGACCUUGGGGACCCCAUUUGCUGCCUGGAGUUCCUGGGAAAGGCUCACAGGUGUCCCCUCAUUCCUGCCCAUGUGGCUCCAUGGUGGGCCUUGUCACAGACUCUUCCCCUUUCCACCCAGGUGCCAUGGCUUUCACCUCAACCUUUCAGCCACCCACACUGUCUCUAGGGGUCCAAGGGACCUACACAACGUACCCCUAUGUUCCUGGGCCUAACUUCCAGCCUUCGUCUGAGAACAAAAGACUGACUGGGGCCGGUCCCUCCGGGAGACACAGAGCAUCUUUAGUAGGGCGUGUUGGCUUCUUGCUGCCCCAGUCUGAAGAACUGUGGACGAGUGGCUACCUGCUUCAGUUCUCAUGUGGACACACGUUCCAGUUCUGAGGAGCAAAGCAUCACAGGAGGGUGACCUCGUGAUCAGCCUCAGCUUCAGCCUCUGGACAGUGACGUUAUCUGUCAUUUCAAUGCCAAAUGAACUGUGUUUACAUGCCUACCUGGCUCCUUGCGGGAGAUGGGUGCCUCUCCUGGGUUUUCCUGCCCUCCUCUGCAUGGUCUUGGCUUGACCACAAGAAAACAACAACAAAAACAGCCUCUGCACCCACGGAAAGACAUCUCUCUCCUCUUGGGAGCUCAGAGGCUGGGGCUUGGGACCUGGCCUCUUCCAGAGACUUCCUCUGUCACUGGGGAAAGUGACUGAUUCUAACCAACACAGCCACCUUUGCGAGGCCUGGAGUCUUCGAUGCUUGCUGGGCUCCCAGCCCACAGCCACCUGCUUCUUGUUAACUCUGUUAGCCUAGCAGCCUCACUGAACAGCAAGGCUCCCUGCCGGCACCAUGGUGCUAUAAGCAGGUGGAAGACUCCCUGGAUUCCAUUGAGAGUACUCACCUGUCCCCAGCAGCCGAGUCUCACGCAUGACCUUCCGGUAGAGGGGUCCCCAGGUGAAGCUACAGGUGCACCAGAAAAAUGGGGGGUAGGGAGGCAGGCGACAACUGGAAGGUUUCUUUGUGGCCUUCCAAGUUGAGGUUAGAGACCCACCCACAGGGGAGGCAGGUCACCUGCCCUGGCUCCUCCGACCACUGGGUCUGGCUGUAGUCGUAUCAGGUUCUGCUUCAGCACUCUGAGUAGAUACCGGAGUCCAAGCCACCUGAGUCAGAGCCACGCAGGCUGCCUGUCCCCAGGUGUGGUUUCACUACUUUCCUUUGCAUGCAGUCUGUCCCACCUGGGCCGCCCUGCCUCAGUGGGUCCCUACUGCUGCUCUGGUGGUAGUGGCUUGGAGAUUGCUUUGUCUCUUGAUGCUCACGGUUAUGGGCACUGGGUGGUGGUGCCAUGUGUUUAGGGCCAUCUCAAUAGCUCUUGGUGCUUGGAGCCUGGAGCACGUGAGAGGGCUGAGGCUUGCCCUUACUUUGGACCUGGAGAAGCCACAUAGGAUCUGUUGUUGAGGAGCCCAUCGUGACACUCUUCGGGAGCAUGGUUAGUCCCCAUCCAAAAUGACAAAAUGCAGGGCCCAUGCAGCUCCAGAGGGAGACUGUGAUAACUGGCCUCAAAGCUGGGGAAGCGGGGGAGGGGAGGCUUUGUACAUAUCUUGAGGUUCUAGUUUCUUGAGCUCAGAAGAGAACAGGGAGAGGGGAAUGGAGGAGUUGGCGUCUGAAGGAGUUGUGUGGCUCCACGCUGAUGGUCGUGCCAGUACUGUGCCCGAUCUCCAGACUGUGACACCCAUCUGGUAAGCAGGGCUUCGCUGUAUUCAGCGUCUGAUUGACAGGGGGACCUGGCAUUUGGGUGACUUCCCGGCCCAGUGUUUACUGUGACCUUGGGAUUAUCUCCAUGUCCCAAAGCAUUCAGUGACUUUAAGGAAACAGCAAAGACGCAUCUCCUUAUUACCAGCUGAGUAAGUGACAAGGUGUGCAUGCUGUGGAUGAGUACAUCGGGCUUGGCCUGAGACAGGUGCCUGUUGCAGAGGGCAGCCAUACUGGAUGAGCAUGCCCUGAGCACGAGCUUACAGGGGAGCAAACGGCGGUGGAAAAGCUGGCCUGGGCACAGGGUGACUUAGGGAACAAGCCUGGGCUUUGCUGGAACACCCUGGGGACAGGUGAGAGGUGUCCCUCAGGAGCUUUGCUAGGACACCAUGAAAUGAGGCUUGGGUUAGGAAGCAAGAACUGGAGCUUGGGCUGGCAGGCAAGCCUUCAGUGUCUGUGAGGUCCUCACCUUUGACAUCUCUCUAGGACUGCAUGUUGGACUUGGUGGCAGCCGGUCCAGCACAGAGGGUAGAGCUAAAGAGAAGAGUCACCACCCAGUGCCAUCAACAGCUGGACCAGGGCUUCCCUCCUCCACAGCAGCAUGCCAGGAAAUUUGGGGGACCAGGGAGGGGAAAGAGAAUGACUGCUGCUGUCCUCUGCUCCACUGACAGGCCUGACCAGUUUGUAAGAGCUCCUUAUGUAAUUAAAGAUACUAACCUAGUG